AUGAACCUCCUCACCACAUCCCUCAUCGCCCUCGCCCUCGCCCUAGCAAACCCCCUCAUCGUCCUCGCUCAGCAGGAAACCUCCUCCUCCUCCUCCUUCACCGACUGCGGCAAAAGCGCCACCCUCCUCGCCGGCACGCAACCCUACGUCUUCGCCAUCCACUGCGGCGCGCACUACCUCGGAGACGAAAUCACCCGCUUCUCCACCACCACCACCAGCACGACCGGCGCCGGCCUGCGAGCCUGCGCGGAAGCCUGCGCCAACCACCAGUGGGUCGCGAAGCCUUGCAGGUCGGCGACGCUCGUGGAGCCUACGAGUACUUGUAUUUUGAGGAGUUCGGUGGGGGAGGUGGCGGGGAGUGCGUAUGUGGAUUGUGCGGUGUUGUUGUGA